AUAUCACAAGCAUUAAUCCUAAUUAAGCUAGUCUACUUUUAAUUUCAACUUGGAAUUUAGUGCACAUCUUUUUUUUUUUUUGUGAUUGGACACAAUGUAAGUGGCAAAUUUAAUUUGACAACAUUCCGUAUGAACACUGGAUUUGCCCCGUAGAAUCAACUUAUUCUUGAGAAUUUUGAAACCAAACAGAUCCGAAGCAAGGCGCACGCCUCGUCGGCCGUCGCGUCCCCAAAACAUCCCACCCGUUUCUUCCCAAGCAAGUGUGCAUUUCUCUCCUCUUCAGGAAGACCCCAGCUCCCUUUGUCCGUCUCCGUCUCCGUCUCCCUGGUCUCUCUUUAGAAUGGGAGCUGGCCGUAAAGUCCCUAUUUCGUUGGACGGAGUGAGGGACAAGAACUUGAUGCAGCUGAAGAAGCUCAACACAGCCCUGUUCCCCGUCCGCUACAACGAUAAAUACUACGCCGAUGCCCUCGCGUGCGGCGAAUUCACUAAGCUAGCAUACUACAGCGACAUUUGUGUUGGUUCUAUUGCAUGCCGGCUUGAGAAGAAGGAAGGUGGGGCAGUUCGUGUUUACAUCAUGACUCUGGGUGUUUUGGCACCAUAUCGUGGGUUAGGUGUUGGAUCGAAGUUGUUAAAUCAUGUUCUUGAUCUCUGCUCCAAACAGAACAUUGCUGAGGUUUAUUUGCAUGUGCAGACAAAUAAUGAAGAUGCCAUCAAUUUUUAUAAGAAAUUUGGGUUUGAAAUCACAGAAACCAUCAAGAAUUAUUAUACAAACAUCACCCCACCAGACUGCUAUGUUCUUACCAAGUUCAUUACUCAACCAAAGAAAUAACAUUUUAAAACUUAGUUUCCCAUGGCACAAUGGGGAAUCCUUGGUUAUUGUAGACUUAACUGUUGAACCUUGCCUUCACUUAAAAGGUGAAGUUUUAUUGUCAUACAUAUUUUUUUUAGUUAGACAUGAAUUCUGGGAUGGGAUGACUCAAAUCCAGGACCUUGGCAAUUACCAGAGCCUGGGUAGGCUAAUCCUGGUCUUUAUUUUCUAAUUUUUGUGGUCGUAGAAUGUUAAAACACAGAAAUGAGGUGGGUGUUGCCUGUUGGCUCUUUAGCCCUUACUGCAGCAAAUUUAAGGGGUGAAAAUGUACUGAAGUUUUUAUGAUUUUUAAAUGGACAAAUGCUUGUAUUAUUGAUCUUAA